AGUACAGGAAGUGUCGCCACAAUAAUGGCUUCUAGCCAUGCUUAACCUCUUCACGCCCUUGGCCACAUAUGUGGACGUUUAGUUUUUAUAAUUAUGGUUACUGUCAAUAAUAAAUAUACCAAAAUUUUCACUACAAAUUAUAAAAAAAAAAAUCGUCGCUGAAGAGGUUAAAGACUGGCACUACGAUGGAUGGGGCAUUGUCCUGUUGAAAUUUGAGUGUUAUUGUAUUAUGUUCUUCAAUAUACAGGAGCAAAUAUCUAUGCUUCUAAACUCUGACUUUUUCACUAUUAAUUUUUGCAGUGAGAAAAGCAAUUGGGAGGUUUUCUAAUGUACCAAAAGCUUUCCACAUCAUUAACACUGCCUUCGCUAAAAUUACUUGCCGCAAAAAAUCUUUUUUUCUUUUCGAAUGUCAUGCCAAUAUAAAUGCAGACUAUCUGAUCUGUCUGAAUUAAAUUUUUUUUCGUUGCUCCAGAAGAUAUAAAAAAUCGUAAAUACAAAUUGAAAUUUAAGGAAGAGGUAGGGAACAAAUCACAUGCAGAUGCAAUAAAAAUUUAUUCUUGAAUUUUAUGUAUUUCAUCAUCAUUUCAUGAUUCAUCGAGUCAUAAUGAAUCAUAAUUAGUUUAUAAAUACAUGUUUUUUUAUAAUUGAACUUAUAUUUUUGCCCAUCCUGUAAACAAUAUUUUUCUCACAAUAGUUAACAAGUCAUUGUUUAUGUAAAUAUUGCAAAAUUUGUUUUCAUAGAUUUAUCUUUCGUGUAUUUUUACCUAAUACUACACAAAAAAAACAAGAGUUCUAUAGCAGUAUGGCAGCUCUGGCCACUCUGUCAACAACGCAUUGUUUAGGUUUUGUUUCUAAUGUUGAAAAGAAAAGCACAACUUAAAACGGAUUCAAACACCUAGGCCCUACAAUAACGUAUUUACAGCGCCAUCUGGUGGGUCAGAAAAGUGUCUAAGCGAAGAGCAACAAAAUCAUUAUGCAUUACGUAGUCGAAGUAUCUCUAGAUAGUCAGUCAUGUGUAAAUUGGAAACCGAGGGGAAAGAAUAUAUCGCGAUUAAUAAUACAGUUAGUGUGUGAUUACUAAACCCACAGUUUUAACUAUCACGACAAACAAGACAAACGUGAAGUGAACUUAUAAUAUUGGCCAGCAGUGUAUUUCUCGUUCCAGCGUAGCCAACAACGAUUUUCAGGGAACAAGAAUCACGAAGCAGCGAAGAUAGCCUGUACCCUGUGUAAUGCUUCUUUAAACCGUCAUACGAUCAUUUUACCGGAGCGCCUCGGAAAAGAAGAUUCUGGACGUCCGCUGACUCACUGGUAUUGGUCGAGAACGGUGACGAAAUCGGUGACAGCCAAUCAGCGGAGUGCAGCAAGAGUGGGGAUGUAAACACGCUGGGCUUACUUCUCGCGGAAGGACGAUAGUGCAGAAAUAUUUGUAUAUCAACAAGGUUGAGAAUCACUGAUUCAGUUAUCAUCAGUGUUUACAUGCACGACGAAGGACGCGUCGACUUUAUCAUAAUAGUAUCGAAUAUAUUAUGAGUAAAAAUGCCGAAGGUAGUCUCAAGAAGUAUAAUAUGCUCCGAUACCAAGGAUCAAGAAGAAUAUAGCGAAGAAAAGCCGCUACACAUUUAUUACUGUUUAUGCGGACAGAUGACUUUAAUUUUAGAUUGUGCCAUAGAAAAAUUGCCUUUGAGAAAGAGAGACGGCGCACGAGUUAUCGAUGGAAGCAAACAUGCUCAUAAAAUGACCUGCGAGCAAGAUGAAGUUGUAUAUUUGAAACGCACAGAAGGCAUAGAGAAACAACAUCGUCAGAAGUGUAAAAAGUGCGGACUUUUUCUCUAUUAUAAACACGAUCAAGGAACAAACAUUGUAUUUAUCGUAAAAGGAGCGGUGAUUAAAAGUUCUGGCGAGGGUCCCAUGACGGACAUAUACAACCAAGUGGCUAUCGAAAAACCCAAGAAAAUAAUGGUGACGAAACAUACAAAGAACAUGGGAAAAUUCAGUUCGGUUACUGUUUCUACAAUCGACGAAGAAGAAGAUGAAAUUGAAGCGAGAGAAGUUGCUGAUUCGUACGCUAAUAAUGCGCGAAUAAUAGAAAAACAAUUGGAGAGAAAGGGAAUGAAUAAACGGAAAGCCAUGCCCCCUCCCGAAGCGGAUCCAAAGAGAACAAGACCUCGAGGAACGUUAUUGGAUGUAUAAACUUUAGUUGUAUAUUAUUACAUAUUUAAGCCAAAACAUGAUUGUAAAUAUUUUAAAUUGUUUUCUUCUUAGACUUUUUAGACAGCAAUGACUUAAAGAAUU